CUGAAAGGUCGUAGGCAUAAUGACGUUCAAUGGUCAUUUCAUGCGCGCGGAUGCUUUAUUCACUCUCAAAAUAUCGAUACCGUGAUGUUCACGACACUUGGAGCCGAACUGGUUGUGGGAUCCAGACACACCGACAUCGCAUUUCUCAACGGAACAACUGAGUUUUUACCAACUGUGAUAACCACAGCGGUGUCCAAAAGUAACGAGUCCUGUGGAGAGCAGCAGAACCUGGACUUGACUAAGACCAUCAUCAUUGGGAUAAUGCUUAGCACCAUAACCGCGAUCACGGUGAUGGGUAACACUCUGGUUGUCAUCGCGGUUUGUGUUGUGAAAAAACUAAGACAGCCGUCAAACUAUUUACUAGUGUCUCUUGCCAUAGCGGACCUGUCCGUGGCGGUGGCAGUGAUGCCUUUUGUUAUAGUGACUGAUUUGACAGGAGGCGUCUGGUUGUUUGGGGAGGUUUUCUGCAACAUCUUUAUUGGGAUGGAUGUCAUGUGCUGUACGGCUUCAAUAAUGACAUUGUGCGUGAUCAGUGUGGAUAGAUACCUUGGAAUCACUCGACCCUUGACUUACCCCGCAAGACAGAACGGACAGCUGAUGGCCAAGAUGAUAGUGGGCGUCUGGUUAAUGUCUGCAUCCAUCACUCUACCCCCGUUCUGUGGCUGGGCUCAGAACAUCAACACGGCGGGAGUUUGUCUGAUCAGUCAGGACGUGGGCUACACCCUCUAUUCCACCGCUGUGGCCUUCUACAUCCCAAUGGUGGUCAUGCUUUUCAUGUAUUACAAGAUUUUCAAAGCUGCCCGCAAAAGCGGGGCCAAACACCACUUCACCGCCCUUUCCCCAACCCAGCUGCCAUGUCCCGAGCCCACGUUAAACACUGUCGAGGGACUCUGCAUGCAAGGACUGAAGAACGCCUCAGCAACCGAGGAGUUCUCCACCCUGUCCUGCCUGCUGAAUCGCGAACGCCGGAGCGCCUCCAUUUUCAGACGCGAACAAAAAGCGGCCACCACGCUUGGGGUGAUCAUGGGUGUCUUUUCGUUCUGCUGGUUGCCGUUUUUCCUCUUCACAACAGCACGACCGUUUAUCUGUGGGCUGCUCUGCAACUGCGCCCCCAUUUGGCUGGAGCGGGUACUGCUGUGGUUGGGCUACACCAACUCGCUCAUGAACCCUUUCAUCUACGCCUUCUUCAACCGAGACCUGCGUUCAACUUAUAAAGACCUGCUUCGCUGCCGUUAUCGGAACAUCAACCGUCGACUCUCGGCUAUGGGAGUGCAUGAGGCUCUCAAACUCUAAAAGGCUCACAGGCACACUGUACAUAAAGCAACAACACUUGGGGUCUUAUCCAUAAAGGCCCUUUCUCAUGGCUCAUGCCGGUGUUCAUUACAUCUAACUGAAUGAAGCAAAACGUCAGAUGCGAUGUUUCCAGAGGUGCCGCAUUACAUAGUGAUCAAGUGUGGAAAUCAUGAUUCUUGAAAUGUCGAAACAAACCAUUUGAUGCACCGAUAAUGAUUCCUGGACAGUUUGCAUGAUGUUUGUAACUCAUUGCUAUCCUUAACUCUGCAAAACGCCUAUUCCGUAAAAUCCAAUAACCAAUUUGGUGUCAUGUUGAGUUGUUUGUUAAGGCAGUGUGAAUUAGAUGCAUAAAGUGGUCAUUCUAGACGUUUCAUUCCAUUCAUGUAAAUGCAGCAAGUGAGAAAUGCAAGCUCGGGCAAAAUUUCAGUGUACCUAAAUUCAAGUUUGGUGAACUCUAACCUGCGAAUUUGUAUCACUUGAAGACGUGUGGCCAAUAUAGUCGUGACCUUUUCAGAAAAUCCAUGAUGGAGAAAACACUGCUAAUAGCGUUUUCACGCAAUGAAGUAUACACAGGGGUCUGUGUAGAAAUAUCGCAUGCUAAAAGUAAUUGUACAUGUUGUGUAAAAUGUUACCAUUGUUAGGUCGGUGAGCUUUUUGUUGAAAAGAAAAGGUCCAAAAUUGUUUUGUUGCCAUAGUAUGGCAGUCCUUCAAUUCAAAUGCAUUCCAAUAUUGUAAAGUCUGUGAAACUUUGUGAGACAAGUUCUCAUUUCUGUAUUUCAAGACUUGUUGUAAUGUACGUUUUCACAUUUACUGUGCACACUUCCCAUUAUCUUGCUACCUAGCAACCUUAUAAAAAUGGCCUUCUGUGAUGCUUUCUGCAAGGCUUUUCGUGUCGAGGUCAAAGCCGUGCGUAACGUUCGCUUGGCGCGGCAAUUGAAAUCAAUUGUACAUAAGAUGACAAUGGCUUUAUUUCUUUGAUAAGUAACACAAGGUAAUGGCCUUUCAUUAGCCAUUCGGUUUGUUACUCAAAGAAUACAUCGGUCACGAAUUCAAACAAAAUACCCUGAACAAACAAAUAGACGAAAAACAAGAUGACUGAGUAGUAUUGCUGAUGUUUACUUGUGUUUUCAGUGAUUGCUACAUUGAAACAUAACACUCUGUUUUGCCAGUGGAUUACGUUUCAGUGUUUACUCAGCGCAUUAGCAUGAAAGUAUAUUGCUUUAUUCAUUUAUUACAAAAUGUCAUGCCGAAGUAAAAUGAGUAAAUAUAAGCAGGUUACAGCAUUCAAAUGAUGUGCAUAAGUGGCGUAGAAGAUGCAUAUGUGAAUAGAGUGCUAAGAUCAGCCGAAAACACAUUAAAACAAUUUAUCAACACAAUUAUUUGCAAUAUACGCUUUAAUGAAGCAACAUACUAAUAUCCUGCUGACUGAAAACACCGUUUGAUGCCUGUUUGACACACAGUGAUGGCACACAGACAGCACUAGAUCAUUUAUGCGGGUUAAUCGGUUACACUUUGAGGUUUUGCUUUACUUAAAUGUGAAUGUGACACACAUACUCAUGUAAAUAGAUUUCGUGACGAUCGGGUUAGCAACUCCUCUCAAGAGUUUAUUCCCGAUACCUGUUACAUAAUUAAUGGCCGCUAUCCAAGAAAACGCUCAGUGUAGUAAAAAUCUGUACUUAGUGUGUAGAGAGAGUGUAUAAGUGACACACAAACGUGCGCUUUUAUUUUGUAAAGGCUACAGAGCUACGCGCUGACUAUGCAUGCGGUGUAAAACAACCUUUAUUGUCUGUUGUCUGUGUUUAAGUGUGUUUUGAGUAAUCUAAAUAAUGUGAAACGAAAAAAGAAAACUUUAUAGACUGUACAGCAGUUGUGUGAUAUUGUGAUUCCAUGUGCUAAAUACUGAAAAAAUAUCAGCUCAUGAAUUAAAACUCAUUGGCAACACAUUGGCCCUCAUCAUGCGAACACGGAGAGCUUGUAUUAAUAUUCUCCAUGCUGUUCACUCCGUGUUAGUUUUGGAAAAUGUUAAUAUGAGUUCUGGUGUACAUGCCUAAACGUAUCAAUACCAAUGUUUUCUUAAUAAAUA